AUAUGGCGGCAGACUUCGAAACUUUUAUCUAUUAUGUUUCUAUAACGCAGGUUUUCGCUCCAGUAACACUUCCUUCGGUCCAUGUUACAGCGAGCCCUGCCUGAGACAGCGCGGUCAUCAUGUCAUCUCCAGCCAGCCUCCAGUACUCCCAGGCAGGCUUCUUGGCCCGGUGGAUGCCAAACAGCUCCAGAGCCGGGGUGAUCCUCAGCCCCUGCCCGGACUUGGCUGGAUCCUUGAGACACAUCACAGGGGUGGCACCUCCUUCUCUGGAGCCAGAGGACUCCUUUGCAUCUGAUUUCGCUCCUCUACCCGCCUCUGCAGACAGUAGCUGCAUCGGUGUUGAUGGGUUUGCUCGACCACCUGCAGAGGAGAGGGCUGGGACUGACAGGCCGGUGGAGUACCUGUCCUCUGAGUCUCUGAGAGAUUCAGAUGGAGAGUUGGACAGUUUGGACGAGAUGGCAAGCAAAUCUCAGGAUCUGCCCCUAAUGAUGAAGCUGGAGCAGUUGAGGAAAUGGCAGCAGCACAUGCAGGAGCAGCUGAAAGCCCAUCAGCUGGAGGAGCUGCUUCGCCUCCAGCAGGAGCAGCAGAGGCUGCUGGGAAUGAUGAACGGAUCCCAGAACUGCACAGAAGCAGAUGACACAGAGACAUCAGGGCUGUCGGCAGCAGAAUGGGGUGAAAACUCAACCCAGGGAGCCAAUCAUUACAGAGAGGCAGUAUACAGCCCCACGAUAAACUGCAACGGGGUCCCACAGGGCUCCACCUGUGGCCUCCGACAGGAACAAGAUCUCUCACCAGCAGGGAGACGGGAGCGGCUACUGAGAGCUCAAAACCGCGAGGAGGCAGUGGGCACAUGGGACUCCAGAGGAGACGAUCAGGAACAAAGUGUUGAUACAAGCCGUUUUCACGAGUGUGGCGAGGUGUUAGAAACGCGAAACAGAGGGGUUUUAACUGAAGAAAACAGCACAGAAGAAGAUAAAGUCUUCCAUGAUCGACCUAUUAAGCCAGGCAUCGGAGGUCAGAAGAAGACGUUUGAGGAGUUGUUGGAGGAGGAGCUGAGGCUGGAGGAGCAGCGGCUGAAGUCUGCCCGGCAACAGGAGAGCCAAGAUGGAGCUGAAGCUGCCGUACAAGCCCCUCCCAAGAAGCCCUUUCUGAAGCGAGGCGAGGGCCUCUCAAGAUUUACCAACAAUCGCAAAGGCUCGUUAUCAAAAAUAGAGGUCAUGAAGGACCCUAAACCAAACCGAGUAAUGUGCCGCAGCAACUCGGAGCCUGCAGCUAUCCUGAAAGGUGGUACAAAUGGUGUCCAGCGGCUUCCUGUCCAGCGUAAAACCGCCACACUCAACAAGGAAAACUGUCUGAGAAGACUCAGUUCGCCGCCUCAGGAUGUCAGAGUUGAGAGUAAGGCGACACGGACGAAGGUUCUGGGGAGUCAUCAAAGACAGAACACAGACAGACAAGAGUCUGUUCAAGCCGACGCCAAAAAACCGGGACAAGUAAAAGAGCAGAAUAAUAAGAAAGUGGAGCCGUCAGCUCACAGCACGCAGCCGAACCCGGUGACCAAACAGGUGGGUGCUGUCAGAGGGUCAGGGAGAAAUGAUGCUGCCGGAGAGAAAAGCUGCAACUCAAGAGUGGAAUCAGCAGAGGGGACGACGGGGUCAGAGCGAGGAGAUAAUGGAGCUCCACAGGAUUCGUUUGAGUUGUCGUUCCAGGAGAAGCUGCAGCGCUGGGACUGUGACCGGCAGCUGGAGAGCAUGGAGCUGGGAGAGUUUGAGCUGCUGGAGCAGGCGGCCGAGGAGCUGUCCUUCUCCUCCAACUCCUCCUUCGUCAUGAAGGUUCUUCAGAUGGACCAGCUGAAGGCUGCCAGGGGGCUCCACCUGCGACGGCUCUCCUCCACCCCCAUCAAGUCACCACCCAGAGGUUCGAGUCAAAGGUGCAUCAGUGUCGGUGAUGGUGGUGGUUUAGCGUGUAAAGGCAGCUCCAUGACCUCAGAGGCACUGACGGUGAAGAUGAGAGACGCUGAGAACACGGAGGACAGUGGGAGAGAAGACAAGAACUCUGAUGUUUCUUCCUGUGGCGGCUCUGAAUCUGAAGACCGGGAAGUGGCGGUCAAAACACAUUUGUUUCCCGGCACCCUUUGCUUUCCUGCACAGUCUAACCCGCCGUACGACAAGCGGUCGUAUCAGGACGAGGACAGCUGCAGAGAUUCGGCUUCAGAUGCGACGCGAGGCGAUGAUGUGGACAGUGACAGCGUCCUCAGCAACGCUGACCAGUCCACUCUGAUAGAAGACAAAGACGGGCAGCAGGACAGAGUUGUGUUUGACGACGACGACACGUGGAACGACCUGGAGGACACUGCAGUUGACGCAGCCAGCGACAGUAGACGAGUUAGUCCAGUUUCCAUGGCAACAGCAAAUGGCAUGUCACCACCGGCACGGACUCUGUUGAGGAAGGUGGCAGUGAGUAAAGUUGUGGAGCUGGACGACAGAGCGGAUCCUCCUCCUCCUCCUCCUCCUGCCUCACAGCUCAUGACGAGGUUGUUCCCCUCGCUGAAGCCAAAGACCCAGAAUGCACCUGUCCCUCUUCCUCGUGCAUCUGUUGCUCCUGAGUCCAAAAAGCCAGAGGAGGAGACAGGUCAGCAGGUUCAGUCUCGACAGCUGAGGGAGAGACUGGUCGAGCUGGAGAUCGAGAUCGAGAGAUUUAAGAAGGAGAAUGCCGCCCUCGCCAAACUCAGACAGGAGAACGAGAAAAACCAGGAGAAUCUCAGGAAAGAGCGUUUGGAGUUUGAGAAGAUGAAAGCAGAGGAGCUGGCCAAGUUUGAGGAGUACAAAAAAGAGGAGAACAGGAAGUUACAGAAGGAGCGCAAACUGUUUGAGAAGCAUGCGUCGGCCGUCAGAGCCAUUCCCGACAAGAAGGAACGAGAGGAAAUCCAGGUGCUGAAGCAGCAGCUGAGCUCGCUGCAGGAGGAGCUGAGGGGGAGGGAGAGUCGCUGGGCCUCCACACACAGCCGGCUGCGGCAACAGAUCGACUCCCUCAGUCAGGAGAACGGCUCUCUGCGGGACGAGAUCCGUACGUUGGAAAAGCUCCGCCUCAGUGCCUGGGGGAAAAACGCGGUCAACGCAGCAAAGGACAAAGAAACAACAGAAUCAGCUCCUAAAAUAUCUGAAAACAACACGACAUCUGUGACCAAAGGAGUGAAAUUCGCUAGUCCUCUUGACUCCAGAGGACGCAGCAGCAGCAGCAGCUGCAGCAGCAGCAGCAGCCCUCCUCAGAGCAGCACUGCAGCAGCCACCAGAGGGAGCUCCAGGGAGAGCAGUCACGGUGCUGCAGCUGUGAUGAAGAGCAGCCUGAGGAAACCAUCAGGGCCAGGCUCCUCCUCCUCGUCCUCCUCACUGCCUUGUAGGAGGACAGAGGAGAGAUCAGCAGCUGCCAGCAAGAGCCAGGACAAACCGCCAAACCAAGAAAACUCACACAACUGCUGUCCGAAAAGAGAUUCACUGCCAAAAUUUCCAGAGUGCAGUGAGGCCGGAGAGCCAGAAUCAGAUCAGGAGGUCAUCACACACCCUGACGGGAAGAUUGAGAAGGUUCUGGCCGGUGGCGAUCGCCUUAUCGUCUUUCCCAACGGGACCAAGAAGGAGGUUUCAGCAGACGGACUGACGGUCAAAGUCACCUUUUUUAACGGAGACACCAAAGAGGUCACAGCCGACCAGAGAGUGAUCUACUUCUACGCCGAAGCUCAGACGACACACAUCACCUACACCGACGGCAUGGAGGUCCUGCACUUCCCCAACAACCAGACUGAAAAACAUUUCCCAGACGGCCGUAAAGAAAUCACCUUCCCAGAUCAGACGGUAAAGAACCUGUUCCCCGACGGCCGGGAGGAGAGCGUGCUGACGGACGGGACCAUCAUACAGGUCAACCCAGACGGCACCAAGGAGAUCCAUUUCAACACCGGCCAGAAGGAGAUCCACACGGCCGACUACAAGCGGAGGGAGUAUCCCGACGGCACCGUGAAGACGGUUUACACCGACGGCAGGCAGGAGACGCACUACCCGACCGGACGGCUCCGAAUCAAAGACAAAGACGGCAACAUCAUCCUGGACAACAGGGCGUAGAAACACGCCGUCUACGAGCUAAAUAAACUACCUUUGUCACCGAUUUCAGUACGACUACAACGUGCUGCUAAAAUCAGAAGGUGCAAGCCUUUUAUUUAUCUUUUACAUUUAUUUACCUCAAAGAUAAACUUUUGUAAACAGGAACUCCGUCCGCAGGACAUCUCUAAUGUUUCACUGAUGUGUUUGUGUCCUCUUUUAGUCUCACAAGACAAUCUUUAGGUUGUGCCAGGAUGUUUCUGAUCUAACACCAAACUUGAUUCAUAGUUUUAGAAAUCUAAAUAUUUCAACAAUAACUCAGACUGUUUACAUUUUCAGUGAAGGCCCGGGGAUAAUGAAAUGAUGAACAGAAACAAAAUGUCGCCUGUGUAGCUGAGCUGAACUGCUUCAGUGUGUGUGAAGUGUUUUUAAGUGUU